AUGGCACACGAACCCAUCGCCGCCGCGCUCAGGAGCAGCACGGAGGAUCACGAGCUUGAUUCGCAGCAGACGGCAGCAGAGGUGCAAGGGGACGAGGACACUCCGUUAUCCUCACCAGUCGAUCCGGCGGCUGAGUGUGGAUCCUCGCGCCAGUGUGCACGAACUAGUCAGCGCAGGACCAGGCGAGCCUCGCGUGUAAGCUACGAUGAAGCACUGGAACAGGCCGCCCGAGUUCACUUUGAGCGCACCGCUUCCCAAGCCGUGAUGCCGAAGAAGGACGAGCAGACCGACACUCAAUCUGGUCUCCUUCAAACUCUGCAGCAGCAGGCUGAGCUCAUAGCGUCCUCACCCAGGUUUGACUUCUUCUUCCUUCUGGUCAUCAUCUCCAACUCAGUGCUUCUGGGAGUGCAGCUGGAGAUAUCGUCGCUGGCUGGCACCGCGGAGACGCAGGCGGGCUUCCUUGUUGCCAACUUCGUCUACGCCGUGCUCUUCACGUUUGAGAUCGGAGUGCGCAUAGUCGCGUAUGGACUGAAGAAGUACUUGUGCGGACAAGGUUGGGCCUGGGGAUGGUUGGAUGUCAUCGUCGUGGUCUCGUCAUGGGUCGAGCUGGCCGCGGAGCUGGCGACCCAGUCAGGUGGAGAUGGGGAGGCCAGCAGCAAUCUGCGGAUCUUCCGCAUCUUUCGCGUCACCCGACUGUUGCAGACUGUCCGAUCUUUAAGGGUGAUUCGCUUUCUCAGUGCCCUGCGGACGUUGGUUUACUCUAUGGUGGGAGCAACAAAGUCACUGUUUUGGAUUCUCUUGCUUCUUGGACUGGUCCUGUACAUCUUCUCCAUUUUGUUCACUGAUGCAGCCGGGCACUACAUCAGGACGAACCCCAACAGCACUCACGUUGACGACUUGGAUCACUACUUUGGAACAGUGACGACAUCCAUGAGCACGUUAUAUCGUUCAGUCUUGGCGGGCGUGGAUUGGCACGAGCCCGCAGAUAGUUUGUACCCUGUGGGUGCAGAAUGGGUACAGUUGUUCAACUUUUUCAUCGCGCUGGCAGUGCUGGCAUUGCUGAAUGUAAUGACCGGCGUGUUUUCUUCCAGCGCGAUCCGUGCUGCUGAGCAGAACCAUGAUGUGAUGAUGCAGAACAGAACCGCACUUCGGGAUGCAGCCGCUCACUUAUUCCAGAAGAUGGACAUGAGCGGCUUUGGGACGAUUACCAUCACAGAGUUUGAGGCCGUGUAUAACGACGAGGAUAUGAAAGCCUUCCUGGAAUCCUUGGAGAUUAGUGCCACGGAUGCUUGGACGCUGUUCAAUAGUCUCAACCUGGACGGAAAUCACGUCCUCACGCUUGAGGAGUUCACGGAGGGAUGUCUGCUUCUACGAGGCAAUGCUCGGUCGGUGGAUGUCUUUGCCCUGAAGCAGCAGAACAAGAAGAUCCGGGAGCAAGUCUCAAACUUGACAAAGUUGCACCAGGAAAUGCAUGAGCUCCUCCUUGAAAGGGGAGGCGUAGUCACGCGUUGGCCCUCAUUGCCACAUGGCAAACUAGAGACGAUAGAAACCUAA